CUUGAAAGGCAAGGAAAGCGGGGUCGUCAUUAAUGCGAAACGCUUCUCCGCGACCAUCACCGCCCAGUCCCAGCGUGCCCCUCUUCUUCCAGCGAAGGCACAGACCGCUGUUCCCUUGGCCUCUUCCGUGAACGCCCGCGCUGCACCAGUAUCGGGCAAGGCACUUCGACCCGUAUCGGCCAUCUUUGUUGCACCUGAUCCUCAGCCCGAACCUCUGCGCGAUGCCUCGCCUCCGCGAGCUGACAACAGCGAGGAGGAAGAGAUGGAUGUGGAGGGCGAGCAACAACUGCCAUCUUCCGAGAAGCAGGUCGACGAGAGCCUCCUUGCUGGAGAAGAAGAAGUCAAGUCCAUGAUGGGCCUUGCCGAUAGCGACGAGGAAGAACUUGAAGAGACGGAGAAGGUAGCACCGCCGAAAAGCGCGCGCGUCUGGCCCGAGGUGUCCACCGAAAGGGGCAAACGGUAUCAACAAGAAAUCGAAUCUAUCCGAGCUACCUUCGAGGAUGAGGUCGAUAUUUAUGACACCACCAUGGUAUCAGAGUACUCGGACGACAUCUUCCAGUACAUGGCCGACCUUGAGGAGGACAUGAUGCCGGGCGCUGACUACAUCUCCGGACAAUCUGAGAUUACCUGGGAUAUGCGCCAACUGCUGGUAGACUGGUUACUGCAAGUCCACCGGAGGUACCACAUGCUGCCCGAAACGCUCUGGAUCGCCAUCAACAUUGUUGACCGUUUCCUCACCAAGCGAGUAGUCUCCCGUGUCAAGCUUCAGCUUGUCGGCGUCACCGCUAUGUUCAUUGCCUCCAAGUACGAGGAGAUCCUUGCACCUUCCGUCGACGAGUUCGUCUUCAUGACCGAGAACGGGUACUCCAAGGAGGAGAUCCUCAAGGGCGAGCGGAUAGUGCUACAGACUCUAGAGUUCAAGAUCUCCCAGUACUGUUCGCCGUACAGUUGGAUGCGCAGGAUCAGCAAGGCAGACGACUACGACAUUCAAACGAGGACUCUGAGCAAGUUCUUGACCGAGGUUACUUUAUUGGAUUACCGCUUCCUGCGCGUGAAGCCAAGUCUAGUCGCUGCAGUAGGCAUGUACACCGCGAGGAAGAUGUUGGACGGUGACUGGAGCGAACCAUUUGUGUUCUAUUCCGGCUAUACCGAGGAACACCUUCUGCCCGGGCAUCGCCUCUUGAUCAGCAAGCUGGUUGAAGAUGGUUUUGACCAACAGCACGUCGUGAAGAAGUACGCGGACAAGAAGUUCCUCAAGGCUUCUACCUAUGCUAUUCACUGGGCGACACUACACGCCGAUGAAAUCGCCGACGGCAUGGAGCUUGCACAAUGAUCUAUUUCACGCACUUUCCUUGCAUGAUUUUAUGAGUCUAUAUGAUCCCUUCCACUGUCCUUGUUUAUACGACUCCACAUGUCCUACCCCUGUCCUCGCUAUCCACCUUCAUUUUCUCUACUCGCACAAACCUUCCCCCCAUUUGAUUCUCAUGAAUAACAUCCAUCAUUUUUGGCAUCUCCAUGCAUCGCAAGCGGCCUCUCUCAGAUUUCAUCGGCGUCGCUGGUCCUCCCCUCUUUUUUCGUCUUGCUAUCCGUCGUUUGCUGUCUCGCUCGCUCGUUUCGGACUGGCUCCUCGUCGCGCAUCCCUCACUCGUCACGCCUCUUGCGUUGUAUGUGAUCCUAUUCUUUCCUCGUCUAUGCAUCGCCCCUCGUCGCUGUCGAUUAUCUCUGCAUCUUUCCCUGGAUACGCCCUGUACAAAAGCCCCCC